GGUGCAGCGACGGCGGCGGCGACUGUAACAGAGCAGACGGCAGCGGUGGCAGCUGCUGCGGCUGCUGCAGCCGCUGCGGCGGCCGCUGCGGCUUCCAUGACGAGCAGGGGCCGGGUUCGCAUUCCCCGGGACUCUUCCUCGGCACUGCCGUCCUCGCACCUCCCCACCUCUGGAGGAGCAGCAGCAACAGCACCCGCACCCGCCGCGGCUAUCGAGGCCUCAGCAGCUGCACCCGCCACCGCGCCUGCUGCUGCUGCUGCUGCUGCUGAUCCCGCGGCGGCAGCAGCGGAGCCCUCCGCUGCACCCGCCUCCUCAGACCCCAUGGCAGUUGACGACACCACGAACACCACCACCACAAACGCCACCAAAGAAGCAGAAGUUCAGCCCGCGACGCUGCUGCCAGCGGCGGCGGCGCCAGCCACCGGCUCAGUCGUCAUCCACCCCGACAACAACCACAACAGCAACCACAACAGUAGUAGCAGCAGCGGUCCUCUCCGUCAGGUUGCCGCGCUGGACGAGCUGGAGGACAGCGACAACGAGGAGGAGCGGCUGCGCAACAGCACGGACCCGCCCAUCGGCCCGGGCGGGCUGCCGGACGUGGAGACGCUGCUGCUCAACAUGCGGCUGCUCAACCUGGCCAAGGGGGCGGCGCUGUGGCGCUCGGCACGGGAGCGCGCGGUGUGGCUGAGGGACCUGCGAAGGGCGCUUGCGGCGGCCAAGGGCGCGAGUGCCGGUACGGGGGUUGAUGAGGCGGGUGCUGGGAGGGGCUGGGAGGGCCCCACGGAGGCGGCGGCGGCGUUUGCGGCGCAUGUGCUGGUGGACCGGUGCACGCCCAUGAUCAAGGCGGCCAAGCGCCGGAUGGAGUUCGAGGCCGCCGGCGGAGCGGAGGCUGCGGCGGCAGCGGCGGCGGCGCGCAAGGCCAAGAAGGGCCCUGCGGCGCUGAUUGCGUUGCUGGGGCCAGCGGCGGCGGCGGCAGCAGCCGCGGCUGCCGCCGCUGCGGCGGCGGAAUACCCGGACUCUCCCUACCAGUACACGGACGACCCGGCGCUGAUUGGCGUGGGCUCCACCCCCGAGUGGACGGGUCUGUGCCUGCGGUGCGGUCUGGAGGGGGAGCUGCUGUGCUGCGACGGCGAGGGAUGCAACCGCGCCCUGCACCUGGCGUGUGCCGGGCUGCCGGACAUUCCCGAGGGAGACUGGCUGUGUCCCGUGUGCGCGAGGGCUGCGGGAGGAGGCGGUGGUAGCAGCGCCGGAGGCGCUGCAGAGGCGGCAGCCGCCGCUGCUGCAGCAGCGGCUGCAGCGUCGGAAGACGGCAUUGCGGCGCCGCCGCCAAUGAUGCCGUACCACCUGCACCAGCACCACUUGACGACGCGGCGGCAGCUGGCGGGGCUGCAUGCGAGCGGGGGGAAGCGCAGUCGGGAGGCGUCCGCGGACCCGGGCGGCAGCGGGGUGACCACCACUCGCUCGGGGCGGAGGGUGAAGCAGAACCUGCCGCGGGAGGACUUGUGAGGGGCCGGAGCUGGGGGCCAAAGACCAUAUCAAAGCAUAGGAGACCACAAGUUAGGGCAAAGCAAUGGGGCUGGAUUUGGGGGGCGUAGCGGAGUAUCGGUAGUAGCUGAAGGGCGUACCGAGGUUUUUGUUGACACGUUGUUGCGGAUGUGUCGUUGUAGCGGUGUAGGAUAGCUGUUGUGUAGGGUAUGCGUUGCUGUUCGCCUAUCAGGUGUGUUAGGUAGUGCAGACAUGAUUUGGGCCAGGGCAAAGGACGUGGAAGGACGCGGCGUUUGUCUCCAUGCAAGAACCAUGGGUCCAUGCUUGCAUGGUAGCUUUCACGGCCGGGGCAGGUGGCAGGGUGCAUGCCGUUACCUGCCAUUUGGUCCCCAUGCCGGUUCGUACUGCUCAUGGCUUGGGAGCCGGGACGCGGUAUGCGUCCCCGAGCUUUCUGGAAGCACCCUGUUGCCCUGGAUAGCUGCUUAGGAAGGUCGCUUUGGUGUGCUUACCUGCAUGCGUGCGUGGCUUGUUGCGUUGUGGCUUGGUGGUUGGCUCGAGGGGCUGAGAGGUUUGCAAGGGGCUGAGGAACAUCUUGCGAACUGGGUUCACACGUGAAUGAUGUUCAUGGUGGUGGGCUUGGUGCUAACGGCGGUUGACAAUGGAAGGGUCCGUCACGUCAACUACGCUGUUAUAGCUACGGUAGGCCACACGUAAAGGCCUUUGAAGGUGCAUGGUUGUAUCCAGAUGUGGCUGGGUUGAGGGAGGUAACGGGAGCUCCUUGCGUGAUUGCCGGUACUGUUGGGGAAGUGCUGCAUAGUCAGUUAGCCUGUUUGGUCAAGGCUCCUGCAAAGAAAGCAGGAAGGCACGUGUGGUCCGGUGCCUGAUUUUACGAUGGGUUGGUAGACUUUCAAAGUGGUUUUAGCUUGUCUGCGGAAGGGUCCUCCAAGUGGGCAUGCAUGGCUGCACUGCUACUUACUUUGGCGUGGAUCACAGCCAGCAUUUAACAGGUUAGUGAUGCCGGAAUGCGAUGCGCUGUCGGUGGUGGCUGCACUAUCGGAACGGAACGGGCCGGAGGGGGAGUUCAUGGGCGUAGGGUGCGAAGGAUUUAUGGGCAGGGUCACGUCACAUGGACAACGUCAACGCCCUCGCGG